UCAACAAAUAGAUUGCCGAAGCCAAGGAACGUCAUGCACAGGCUCGUCAGAAUGCGCAAAAGAAGAAGCCAACCAUUCCUAGUUCUUUAUAUGAAAUGGUCCACCAGGCCGAACAGCGAAGCCGUGCUUUUGAUGAGCAGGCCCCUGUUGUUGAGGAAGACAAAAUCCAGCAAGAUGCCGGCGCCACUGGUCAAAAAGAUAACUCCAAGAAGGCUUAUUACCGAGAGUUCCGCAAAGUAUUGGAAAAUGCUGAUGUUGUAUUGGAAGUUCUCGAUGCGCGUGAUCCCUUGGGCACCCGAACUCGUCAUGUGGAACGGAUGAUUCUGGAUAGCGGUUUGAACAAGAAAGUCAUUUUAGUCCUUAACAAAAUCGACCUUGUACCGAGGGAAAAUGUCGAGCAAUGGUUGAAAUACUUACGUAACGAAUAUCCCGCGAUUGCCUUCAAGGCUUCCACUCAAAGUCAACGACGAAACCUGAGUCAAUCAAACGUGGCGACCGAUGUGGCUACUGAAGAUAUGUUGAAUUCGGCUGAAUGCUUGGGUGCGGAUACCCUCGUGAAAUUGUUAAAGAACUAUUGCCGUAAUGUGAACAUCAAAACAUCGAUCACUGUGGGCAUCAUCGGUUACCCCAAUGUCGGGAAAUCAUCAGUGAUCAAUUCUCUCAAACGAUCCAAAGUAUGCGGCGUAGGUUCUACACCCGGUUUCACCAAAGUCGCUCAACAAAUUACAUUGGACAAGAACAUCAAAUUACUGGACUGCCCCGGUAUCGUAUUUGCCCAGCAAGGUCAAGAUGGUCAGACAGAUGCGGAAAUUGCAUUACGAAAUUGUGUCAAGGUGGAAUUACUGGAAGACCCCAUCACACCAGUGGAGGUGAUUGUUUCGCGAUGUUCUGUAGAGCAACUCAUGGUGAUGUACAACGUCGGCUACUUCAACAAUGCCCACGAAUUUUUGGUUUUACUUGCAAUGCAACGCGGUAAACUGAAGAAAGGCGGCGUUCCCGAUAUCCAACUUGUUGCCCGACACGUCCUUCAAGAUUGGAAUGGAGGCAAGAUUCCCUUUUACACUAUUCCGCCCUCAUCCAAAAAAUCACACAUCGCUUCCUCGAUUGUGGAUUCUUGGGGUCAACAGCUGGAUAUCGACCUUGUCAAUGCUGAUCAAUCCGUACUCAGUGGUCUUAAAGCCAGCUCAGAUUUUGGCUCGAGUGCCGUAGUUAUGGUGAGUAAAUGACAGGUUUUAUUUACGUAUGCGUACAUGACAAUGCUAUUAACCACAUAUACAUUUUUUUGUUCAGCAUUCCUCGGAUGCAACGAUGG